GUCCUUAGGAGAGCCCCGGGCAGGGUGGCUCUUUGCCUUUUGCAGGAGGCGCCGGCGAGCCUGCAAUUCCGGUUGCAACGCGGCGCCUGCAGCUGGAGCGCGUUGCAGGCGGGGCGCUGAGCGGCCGGGCCGGAAAGGAAGCGAGGAGGAGCAGAGGGGGACAGGUUGCACCAUGGCCUCGGUGAAGGUGGCCGUCCGGGUCCGGCCUCUGGACCGCAGGGAAAAGGAUCUUUGUGCUAAAUUUAUUAUUCUCAUGGAAAAAAACAAAACGUCGAUUACAAAUAUGAAGAUACCGGAAGGAGGAACUGGAGAUAUGGGAAGAGAACGGAUAAAAACAUUUACCUAUGAUUUCUCCUACUUCUCAGCGGAUGCUAAAAGUCCAAACUAUGCAUCUCAGGAAAUGGUUUUCAAGGAUCUCGGCACUGAUGUCCUAAAAUCUGCUUUUGAAGGUUAUAAUGCUUGUAUUUUUGCAUAUGGACAGACUGGAUCCGGGAAGUCUUACACUAUGAUGGGAAAUGCCGGGGACGCUGGUUUAAUACCCCGUAUUUGCGAAGGGCUGUUCAACCGAAUCAACGAGAAGUCGAGAUGGAACGAAGCCUCGUUCCGUACGGAGGUCAGUUACUUGGAAAUUUACAACGAGCGUGUCAGAGACCUGUUAAGGCGCAAAUCUUCCAAAACGAAUAACUUGCGGAUUCGUGAGCAUCCGAAAGAAGGCCCUUAUGUCGAAGAUUUGUCCAAACACUUGGUGCAAAAUUACUGUGACGUAGAAGAGCUCAUGGAAGCAGGAAACAUAAACCGGACGACGGCCGCCACAGGAAUGAACGAUGUCAGCAGUCGAUCCCACGCCAUUUUCACCAUCAACUUCACUCAGGCGAAGUUUGAUGCUGAAAUGCCGUGCGAGACGGUUAGCAAAAUACAUUUGGUUGACCUUGCUGGAAGCGAGAGAGCAGAUGCCACCGGGGCUACAGGCGUCCGAUUAAAAGAAGGAGGGAAUAUUAACAAGUCUCUAGUGACAUUGGGAAAUGUGAUUUCUGCCUUAGCCGAUUUAUCUCAAGAUGCUGCCAACUCCCUUGUGAAGAAGAAGCAGGUCUUUGUGCCUUACAGGGAUUCUGUUUUGACGUGGCUUUUGAAAGACAGCCUGGGAGGAAACUCGAAAACAAUAAUGAUUGCCACUAUUUCGCCUGCCGAUGUCAAUUACGGGGAAACCCUGAGCACCCUUCGCUAUGCAAACCGGGCCAAAAACAUCAUUAACAAGCCUACCAUCAAUGAAGAUCCAAACGUCAAGCUGAUCCGUGAGCUCCGUGCUGAAAUAGCCCGGCUGAAAGCGCUGCUUGCUCAGGGGAAUCAGAUUGCGCUUCUGGAUUCUCCGACUGCUUUAAGUAUGGAAGAGAAACUUCAGCAAAAUGAAGCGAGGGUGCAAGAGCUUACCAAGGAAUGGACCAAUAAGUGGAACGAAACCCAAAAUAUUCUAAAAGAACAGACCUUGGCUCUGAGGAAAGAAGGAAUAGGCGUCGUGUUAGAUUCUGAGCUUCCUCAUCUAAUCGGCAUCGAUGACGACCUUCUGAGCACUGGGAUCAUCUUGUAUCACUUGAAGGAGGGUCGAACACAUGUUGGCAGAGAAGAUGCGGUGGCAGAGCAAGAUAUCGUCCUUCACGGCCUCGACUUGGAAAGCGAGCACUGCAUUUUUGAACAUUUCAACGGAACGGUCAAUUUAAUACCACUUCGAGGAGCUCAGUGUUCCGUCAAUGGGGUUCAAAUAACAGAGGCGACGCAGCUCAACCAAGGUGCCGUUAUCUUACUCGGGAGAACCAACAUGUUUCGUUUCAAUCAUCCAAAGGAAGCUGCUAAACUUAGGGAAAAAAGAAAGAGCGGACUGCUUUCUUCCUUCAGUUUAUCCAUGUCAGAUCUUUCAAAAUCUUGCGAGAACCUCUCUGCGGUCAUGUUGUAUAAUCCAGGUCUUUUCCCUGUAAAAGGACCAAUCUGUCUCAGAUUAGAGUUUGAGAGGCAGCAACGAGAAGAGCUAGAAAAAUUGGAGAGUAAAAGGAAGCUGAUAGAAGAAAUGGAGGAAAGACAAAAGUCGGACAAAGCCGAACUUGAAAGGAUGCAGCAGGAAGUGGAGUCCCAGCGCAAGGAGACGGAGAUUGUGCAGCGGCAGAUCCGAAAACAGGAGGAGAAUCUCAAGAGGCGGAGCUUCCAUAUCGAGAGCCGGAUGAAGGACUUGCUUGCCGAAAAGGAGAAGUUCGAGGAGGAGAGACUACGCGAGCAGCAAGAAAUCGACCUUCAGAAGAAGAAGCAGCACGAAGAGGUUUUCGUGAGGGUGAAAGAGGAGUUGCACCGGUUGCAGGAGCUCGGGCAGAACGAAAAGGCGGAAAAAAUGCAAAUCUUCCGGGAGCUGGAAAAGCUCAAAAAGGAAAAAGAGGAGCAGUACGUCAAGCUGGAAAUGGAAAAAAAAAGGCUCGAAGAGCAGGAAAGGGAACAAGUCAUGUUGGUGGCCCACCUCGAAGAGCAGCUCAGAGACAAACAGGUCAUGAUCCAGGUCCUGAAAAGAGGAGACAUGCAGAGGGUUGAAGAAGAGAAGAAGGACCUCGAGGACAUCCGGGAGUCUCUCCUGAGAGUCAAAGAAGCAAGGCCAGAAGGGGAUGAAAACUGCGAAGAGUUGGAAUGGGCCCAGCAGAAGUUUAUGGACUUCAAGAGGAAGCAGUUGGAACAGCUCAUCGGCUUGGAGAGAGACUUGGUUCAACAGAAGGAUCACCUAGAAAAAGAGGUGGCUGACGAACGCGAAUAUUCGGGUCGCUUAAAGCCUAUUCGUAAUGCGAAUCUUGACAGACACGAGGAGAAGGCCAACAACACUGCCUUAGGUGUUGACGAAGGUUGCAAAAUAAAAUCCGAAUAUUGGCUGCAACAGAGACAGCAGCAGCUCCAGCACUUGGUGGACCACGCUUUACCCGCUUUGUUGGAGGAAAAGCAAAGAGCGUCGGAAGUCCUCGACAGAGGCCUGCAAAGCUUGGACAAUACUCUUUACGAAGUCGAGAAAGAAAUGGAAGAGAAAGAAGAGCAGCUGACGCAGUACUGGGACAGCGCCAGCCAGCUGCAGCAGCUUCAAGAGACGUUCGAAUUCACUGCCAACGUGGCUCGGCAAGAAGAGAAAGUUCGGAAGAAGGAGAAAGAAAUCCUCGAAUCAAGGCAGAAGCAGCAGCGAGAGGCCCUGGAGCAAGCCGUGGCGAAGUUGGAAAGGCGGCAUUCUGCUUUGCAGCAAAGCUCCACCCUUGAUCUAGAAAUCGAAGAGCAAAAACAGAAACUGGCGGUUUUGGACAGCAGCUGCAGCGAGCAGGCCGGCCUCCAAGCGACCAUCGAGGCGGAGCAAAAAGCCUUAGAGCGAGACCGAGAAAGGUUGGACUUGCAAAUACAGCAGCUGAAGGAGAAGAUCUGCGAAGGUGACGGAGUUGAAAGGGGGCAUCUUGGAGGCAGUGAGGAGAAACUAUCUCAUAGCAGUCCGCCUCCUAACGCUACAAAAACACCGUCCCAUUUUAUUCCGUUGGUCGAUGACAGAAUCAAUGCCUUUAUCGAAGAAGAAGUUCAGAGACGUCUUCAGAAUGUUCACUAUACUUCUGCAGAGAACAACAACAGCCUCUUCCAGUCUGUGGAAUGUUUAAAGGAUAACGAGAAGUUUCAGAACGGUACUGUUCAACGUAGGCUGAAGUAUGAGCGAAUGAUCUGUCGGUCCAUUAAAACAAAUCCAGAUGACCUGAAGAAUCCCGUUAAAAUUAGUAUUCCACGCUACGUCCUUUGUGGUCAAGGGAAGGAUGAACACUAUGAAUAUGAGAUAAAGAUAACAGUGCUUGAUGAGACAUGGACGGUGUUCAGGAGGUACAGUCGCUUCCGGGAAAUGCAUCAGUGGUUCAGGUUGAAAUACCCUGAGCUGGCAGCUUUAGAGUUCCCUCCCAAGAAGCUCUUCGGUAACAAGGAUGAACGAGUAGUAGCCGAGCGGCGGAAUCACUUACAGAAAUACCUCAGAAGUUUCUUCGAUGCAAUGCUCAACUCUGAGUCAUCCCCGCUGUACGUAAACAAAGAGGGACUGGCCCUGUCCAAGCAUACAAUCUGCGAAUUCUCGUCGUUCUUCAAGAAAGGUGUGUUCGACUACAGCAGCCAUGGAACCGGUUAACUGCUGAUGGAACAACUGUUUGACCUAGUCUUCCACUCUGCUCCCUGUUGCCUGCGCAAAAAAAAAAAAAACAAAAAUAUAUACAUCGGACUGUUUUGAAUUCUGAGAGAAUUUCCGCCCGAAACACUGGUUGUUGAAAGCAGAUACAUAGCGCUGCUAAAUGCAACCUUUAUGAGUUCUUCUCUUCGCUACUUGGAUUUUUUGCUGCUAAUGGAAUGUGGAAACUGUUGGUUCCUUGCAAGUUGGGUUGAGAAAAACAGGACAAUCUCACACUGACCUUGGAGUCGCUCAUGAGCAGAAGUUCUUCCUUACGCACAUUCUCAGGCAUUUGUUACAACCUCCCUCAGCUGAUUCCGAGUUGCUUUGAUCAUGCCGUCAGGCGAGCCAACACUUAAGCGGGUUUCCUGAUUUCUUCUGUUCCAUUUUGUUCUAAUUUUGUCCUCUCGGAUUCCCGCCCCUUUGAUGCAUUUUCCUCCUGAGAACUUCUGUACUGUAGCCGCUUGACAACGCCACAUUUGUCUUCCACGUAGGAACGUUUACAAAAUAAUAUGCUGCAGAGGACGCGAAAAUCUCUCAAGUUUUCUGCACCUGAUUACACCGAUGCGGGAAUCACUUGUCAUUGAUGUAAAAGAAAAAGAAGCAAUAGCUAUUAAGGGAAAAUAUGAGGUCAGCGUCUUCUUUUUUUUUUAUUUUCCCAUUACGCUCAGAUUGCAACGUUAUAUUAUGUAUUAUACAGCGCUGAGGGGCUAGGCUUAAAAAAUGCAAAGCGGGCUCUUUUUAAAUGACAGCUUUUCCAUAAAAGCGUAACGCUUACUGAUUUCACACACAGCUUACCCCGCGGUCACGUUCCUCUUCUCUGCGCAGCAUCUGUCGAAUUUCCCACUAUCUGCGCCAGAGUUAUGGGAAGUGUCGCGGCUUUCACGUAGCAAACGUAAACCGCUAAAACCCAGUUUACGUUUGCUACGUGAAAGCCGCGGCACUUCCGGCGCAGAUAGUGGGAAAUCCGAUGGACACUGCGCAGAGAAAAGGAAUGUGAUCGCGGGGUAAGCUGUGUGUGAAUUCGGUCACUGUCUCAUUAACGUUCUUAGUUGCAAAUAAUAAUAAUAAUAAUAAUGCUUUAAAGCUUAACUCAGGGCUUCUUUAGAAUUGCACAUGUGCAAGAUGUCUGCGGUAUCUUUUUUGUAAAAAUACAGACUGAAAAAAAAAUGUAUUGUGACCUGCAGUGGGGAUGUAUACAUGUCCUGUACAUAAUAAAAACUCAAAACUGAAGCUCGGUGAUUGUAACCGACAAUAAAA